AAGGGGUAGAAUAAUAAUAAUAAUCAUAACUUGAUUCGAUUUGUAUUUUGGACCGCAGGGGAUGCAGAUCAACAGACACAUCUCGGAGGCAAAACAAAGAAUAGAGCUACAAGUGUGAAGAAAAACAGAGGAUGAUGCGAUACAAAGAGGAAAAAGAAGCGAAGAAGGAAGCUUUCAGAAAAUAUCUGGAAUCAAGUGGAGCUGUGGACGCUCUCACCAAAGUUCUGGUUGCAUUAUACGAGCAAAACGACAAGCCUUCUUCUGCCGUCGAGUUCAUUCAACAGAAAUUAAGCUGUCCUUCCAUCUCCGAAUUUGAAAAAUUGCAAGCUGAAUUCUCCGAUCUACAAUUCAAAUAUAAUGAGCUUUUAGCAGCACACCGCAAAACCUGCAAAGAGUUAGAAGAAAUGAGAAACUCGCAUGCCUUGUCAACGGCAUCUACCAAGGAAACAACUGAUAGUGAAUCUCCUAAAGAUGGACUGUGAAGCUUCUGCGGCCAAACUUGCAGUACUUGGAAGUCCAUACAAGUGUAUUUAACCUGGUUUGCAAUUGUUGCGAUGUUUUCUUUCUUUCUUUCUUUCUUUUUAUGGGGGUGACUAUUGCUUGAUUUUGCCAUUUUGGUCUAUUCGUUGUUCCUCGUCUUCAGUGGGUUCUAUUGUAACUUUUAAUCAUUCCCCCCACUCCCGGGUUUCUUCUCUUCCUUUUACUUGAGCUUUGAUUUAUAUAUGUUAA